AUGCGUGGUGGUACGAGUAGUUACCAAUAUCCACAAGGGUCAACAAGAUCUAAUAGUCAAUCAACGGACUAUGGAUACAAUCAAAUAAAUCAAGAUUAUUCAAUGCCGCAAUCUCAUCAUCUUGAACGACGUGGAACAAAUCCUGCAUUAACUCUACCAACCGAUCGAGCACAAUAUAUUCAUCCAGCUACUCAAACUUAUUCAAUACCAUCAUCUCUGUAUGUCGAACGACGUCCAGUGAAUCCUGUACCAAUUACACAACCUAAUCAACCACAAUAUAUUGAAAAAAAUAAUCCAAACUUUGGUUAUCAAAAUGCUCGUGCUGUACAAGCUCAAACAACAAGCAUGUAUCAUAAUAAAAAUCCUGGCACACCAUCACGAAAUGUUAAUCCAGCAUUAAAAGUAAAUCCACCUCCACCAUCACAAUCACAAUAUGCAACAUAUGGUAAAGAAAGUCUUUUUGCUAAAAAAGAAACACGUGGAGAAAUUGAUGAUUCACCAAUAAUUGAUCCACGUGCAUUUCAAUAUUUAAAUAUAAAUGAGCCAAAAGUUCAAAAAAAAUCACCAUCAAAUGAAGGUGGCGUUGAUACACGACCAAUAAUUGAUCCUCGUGCAUUUCAAUAUUUACAUGAGCAAAAAGUUCAAAAGAAGUCAGCAGCGGAUGAAAGUGGCAUUGAUACACGACCAAUUAUUAAUCUUGAUGCCGUUGCACAAUUAGAAAAACGUCGACAGCAACAAAUCGAAAAAAAUAAUCGAUUGCGCGGUGAUGACGGGUCAGGAUCAGGUAUUGAUGGUAGACCAAUUGUAGAUGCAAAUGCUUUUCGUUACAUCGAAGCUAAGACAAAUAAACUUAAAGACAAUGAACAUCAAGGUCAAGAUACGACUGGUGGUAUUGAUGAUAGACCCAUUACUAAUCUCGAUGCAUUUAGACAUUUGGAAGCAAAACGUGAACAUAAACCAUCAAAUACUUUAAAUGAAUCAGUUAUUGAUACACGACCAAUAAUAAAUCCUGAUGCAUUUAAAUAUUUAGAAAAACGACGAGAAAAUACAUCAAAAGAUAAUGAUGAAAGUGGUAUUGAUUCUAAACCCAUUGUUAAUCCUGAUGCGUUUCGUUAUUUGGAACAACAUGGUCCUCCACCUCGUCGUAAUAACGAAUCAGGUGUUGAUACAACAUCAAUGGUUAAUCCACAAGCAUUUCAAUAUAUUGAAAGAAAAGAAGUGCCUAAACCUGAACCAACGGAACCAUCUAUUGAUUAUCGGCCUAUUGUUAAUCCACAAGCAUUUAAAUGGAUUGAACGAAAAGAACCAAAACGUCGUGUUGAUGAUGGUCCUGAUGUUGAUGAACGUUCUUAUGUUAAUCCACAAGCUUUUCAAUAUAUUGAUCGUCAACCAGGAAAGAAAAGUGAUAUAUGUGAACCAGAAAUCGAUACCCGUAGUUUUAUACUUGAUCGAAAUCCAAGUGCUCUUGCUCAUCUUGAACGUCAACCAAGACAUAUAAAUGAAAAAACAGAAAGUGGAGUUGAUGAACGAUCUUUUGUUAAUCCAAAGGCAUUUAAAUAUCUUGAAGGUAUGGAUGAUGAUUCAUCUAAAGCUUCUGUACAUUCAUCAGCUGGUCCAGCAAUUGAUACAAAAUCUUAUGUUAAACCAGAUUCAUUUCGUCAUCUUGAAGUUAAAGAGAGAGAAAGAAAACAUGACGAUAAUGAUGACAAUACAGGAGUUGAUGAAAGUUCUUUUGUAUCACCGGCAGCUUUUCGUCAUUUAGAAUUUACUGAUGAACAUACAAAUCCUGCACCAGCCGAUUAUGCAACAUAUGGACAAUCAGACUUUUGA